CGGCACGCCGCCACCUCCAGGCUGCGAUGGGUCCUUGCCCGCCCUGAUCAGAGUAGAAAUCCGCUCAGACGAAGAAUGGCUUCACUCUCUCUGUUUUCCCUCAUUCCCAUCGCCCCGCAUCGGCUAGGAAAUCCUACAUCUUAUCCGCCAUGGACAACUUCCGGGGCAGCCCGCCUGGUUCGCCUGGUUCGCCUGGCCGAUCGGCACCGGAGUCGUCAGCAUCGCCACAGAUCUCGAACUCGACAGAGAUGCAUGCAUCGGAGGCGUGGAAGGCGAUUGAACGGCUUCAACCGGAUCUAGAGCGGGCUCUCGCAACGGGCAACGUCUCUCUGGAAAAAGAAGUUCAGUAUCGGUUUUUGAUCGCCGAGGGCUGCCUGGCGCUCGGCGCAGCGUCUCAGCAGAUGGAAGAGAGCCGGCUCAUGCUCGCGGCAGAGCAUCUAGAUGCUGUACUCCGGCACACGCCAGGCGAUUUCAGUCAGCGACCAAAAGCUCUCUUGCUCUUCUGCCGCGUCGAGUUUGAGCGACAUGUCCUCACAAACUCACGUCACUCGCUGAGCAUGUCUGUCAAGCACGGUCGCGAGGCUCAGCGUGUUGCCGAUACGCUACGGCUGCGCGAGCAUGAUGUAGCCUUGUAUAUUGACAUACUGGUCGCGUUGGGUCAUUCGCUGUCCCAUCAGAACGUUCUCUGUGGCGACGCCGACGACCUGGACGAAUCCAUAGCGUGUCGGCGCCAGAUCCUGGCCUGCGCGGCCGUGAAUUCUGAGACGUACAUGUUGGCCCUGAACAACCUCGCUUCCGUGCUGGAUCGCCGCCACAGAGACGGCCGAGCCGAUGAGGAUUGGCAAGAAGCCGUGAGGCUGCUGCGUCAACUUGUCGCGUCGACGCCGCCGGAUUCCGCACUACACCGGAUAGGCAUCACCCAGCUCGGUUUCUUACAAGAGCGCAGGUACCAGGAAACGAAGAGCCUCCAAGACCUGAACGAGGCCAUGCGUCAACUCAAGAUCUCUGAGUGCCUCUUGGAUGAUGGGCACAUUAACGAUGGAAGAGACAGUCUGCUUCAAUAUCUCGCUGCCCUACAUCGGGACCGACACGUCCACACCGCCGAUAUCGAUGAUCUGCGCCAAGUCACACACUAUUUGAACCUCCGCUUUCACUCGCUGUCGCCGGAUCAUGCGCUGAAACCCGAUUGUCUCCAUCAGCUCCUCCUCUCAGCCCAUCUUUACAUCUCUUCGAGUCACUCUCUGGAAGUAUUCGAGGCCACCAUGGCCGUGUGCAAGGAAGCCAUGUCAACCAUGCCAAUCGCCUACCCGGGCCGCGAGGAAAUAGGAGACACUUAUACGAAGAUGCUCGGGCGUCUGUACGCGGCGAGCGGGAAGCUCGAGCAUCUAGAUGAGCUCCUGGCCUGCGUCACCACCGCCGUUCACCGGUGGAGCGCAAUGAGAGUCGCGGGUCACACUGAGCAGGACGUAACCGUACGAGGAGGCCACCUGAGCGUCAAAGGCUUGCUUGGCCUCGUGCGGCGUCUCAGGUGCACACCUCCCGACAGCCAUGCGAGGCAGCUGGCAGAGGACGAAAUUCAUGGCGUCUUUCUGUCCACGGCCGACUACGUGGACCCGAAAGGCAUUGGCUUCAGGCCGACAUUCCUUUACCAGCUGAUCACCUAUCGCACGGUUAUUCUGGUCUGCGCUGCCGAGGAUGGUAUCUCGCUCGACGAAGACCAGAUUCGAUUGCUACUAGACGCCCCAAAUCAAGAAUGGGAAGAUAGAGGGGUGCCGGUCGCCCGUGAAGACUGGGAGAGAGAGGAACUACGGGACAAGCCUUUUGAUGACAGGGACACUAGGGUUCGCAGGAUUGCGAAGAUGGCCCUGAUACACACCCUGAUGGGAUACAAGUCCAACAGACCCGUAUCGCGCGAGGAGUUCAUCGCCCGAGAGCAGCGGCUGGAAGCCGAGGCGUUUGAGCAAGCAAUGGACAAGGGCGGAUUUCCGAACAGCAAGCUGUGCCGGUCCUGCCGAACAUUUCUCAAGUUUUUGCACGUCACCGAAGCCGGAUUCGAGUUUGACUCGGCUGGCUCGCUGCUCCCCUUGCUCGGCGACUGGCGAGUCCUCCUGUUCUGCCGAGAUCACUGCGCCCUGUGCCGGUCCCUGGCAUCGCUCCUGACGACGCCCCAGGGCGAGCUCGAGGUGGACCUGGGACAGACCGACGAACACGCCAGGGCGCUCACCGGCAGCUGCGGGAGGCUCCCCACCGGCGAUAGCUUCCUGAGGGUCAUGUACGGCGUCACCCCCGUGGGCGAGCUGGUGCUGGCGACCGAGGGGUCCUUCCGGCGCACGAUGCGACAGGGAUGGGAGGUUGCGGACGGCCUGCCGCUGCAGGAGGUUAUGGCAGAUCCGGACGGGCCCAUAUGCACCACAGAAGGAGGCCAGCUGGUGAAUCCCCGGCAGCUUCAGACAUGGCUCCGGGACUGUGACUACAACCACGGCCGGACCUGUAACCACCCCAGACCUGGGGAGCGAAUCAGGAUGGAAAUACCGCUCAUGUGUAUCGACGUGGUGAAGGACUGUCUCGUCGACACCACCAGCAAGGAGCGGUACCUUGCCCUGAGCUACACGUGGGGCCAGGUUGACAUGCACAUGACACUUCGCAAGAAUGUCGCCGAGCGUCGACGGCCGGGUGGGCUGGCGGCGGUACCGUUCCCGAGAACGAUCAGAGACGCCAUUCAGCUUGUUCGUCUGAUGGGGGAAAGGCUCUUGUGGAUCGAUGCCGUCUGCAUCGUGCAGGACGACCAGGAUCAAAAGGCCAGGGACAUACCCAGGAUGGACGUGGUGUAUGGCAACGCAUUUGUGACGAUUGCCGCCAUGUAUGGAGACUCGGCAGACGCGGGACUGCCGGGGGUCGUGCCAGGGAGCCGAACGCCGCAGAAGUCGGAGAGCUUCACAGUCACCCGGCGCAGUCCAGCUCUCGAGCAUGACCCGUCAUCGGACGAGAACGAAGAUGCGCACAUUGUGCAGACCCCGCGCCCCUUCUAUUUGCAGCUCAAGCGGUCGACAUGGAACACCCGGGGCUGGAUUCUGCAAGAACACCUCUUGUCGAGGCGAUGCUUCUUCUUCACCCAGGAUGCCGUCUACUUCCAGUGCAGCAAGACGACGACUUCAGAGGGGGGCGUGGACCAGGACCUGGAUGCGCACUUUCACGGAGAUGCCGUGCCUUCCACUCUCAGGCAACACAACCACACCAACCCGCUGGCAACGAUGCAUUCUUGGCACGACCUCGGCACGCCGUUGAUGAUGCACCGCUCGCUCCGCGCAUACAUGGCCCUCGUGGGGUUGUACACGCGCCGCAAGUUUACGCAUAAGUCAGACAUCAUCGACGGGUUCAGGGGCGUCCUGGCCGUCUUUGACGAGUACUGGUCAGGCUACAGCACUAUCGACGCCACCGCGCUGCACGGGAUUCCCCAAGCGGUCUUCCUGCACGCGCUCCUCUGGUCUCCGGCCGACCGCAUCCCCCGGCGCGGCGCAAAAGUAAUGACGUUGGACGAUGCUAAAUACGAGCCGGGGGACGUGGACCUCAGGUUCCCCAGCUGGUCGUGGGCUGGCUGGGACGGGCCCGUCGAUUUCCGCCUGUUCGAGUGGCUCACGCGGCCGCACGAACAGCCCAUCGCCCUCGCGAGAUCGAUCGAACUUGACGGACGCCAGGUGUUCCCAUGCCCCGAUGACCAGUCGCGCGUACCGACCACGGACCGGCCUAAGCCGACGGAAACCCAGGUGCAAACGCAAACAUUUGCGACAGCCGACGCACAGGACAGAGAGGCGGACCAUGCUACCCCGGACCCUGGAGCGUGUGAUUCAUCCGGGGCAAAAGCAUCGGCUCUGGAAGAUGGAGCAGGACAGGUAGAUCAGAAUGUAGUGGACGCCGAAAAAGAAGACGCCGAAAAAGAAGACGCCGAAAAAGAAGACGCCGAAAAAGAAGACGCCGAAAAAGAAGACGCCGAAAAAGAAGACGCCGAAAAAGAAGACGCCGAAAAAGAGGUCGCCAAAGAGGAUGCCAUCCGAAAGUCUAGCAAGGGCAAGGAAAAGGAGACCUUACCGGGAGACUGGGUCCGGAACCUGGCAAAAGACGCGAAGACGUGGUGCGACCCGGACACGGGCAAGACGUGGGUAUUCGGUCCAGAAGCCACCCGACCCGGCGGACAGCACCGGCCCCCACCCGCGGCCAACGUCCUCGUAAUGACCGCGCCAGUCGCCUCCCUGGAAAGCUUCACCGUGGACCCGCACAAGGAGUACUUUAGCCUGCCGGACCAGCCGCACGUCCGGGGCCCGCAGAGCGUGCGGCGGAUCCGGGACCGGAACGGCGCGCACUGCGGGCUGUGGUGGCAGCAGUACCACUACCAGUGGGUCGGGACCGGUCUGUUUCGGGACACGGAGGGGGAGCUCAAGAUGGUGGGCGUCUCUGCGUACCCCGUCGGCAUCGAGCCGCGCCGGGGGUUCGGCCACGUCGGCGGGGCGAUUUCGAUAUUUGACGACGAGGUCUUCACCAGGGGCAGCGUGCUGAAACAGGGGUUGGUGAACGUCCUGGUCAUCGACGGGCGAGACGUCGCGCGGUUCGGGGCAGCGUGCCGCUGCACCGUGGCGCUGAUCCAUCCCCAGGCCUGGGAGGAGGCCGGCCCAACGGAGGAGGUCAUACGCAUCGCGUGACAUGUGUUCGGCUGAUAAGGGACCCUGUCGUUUGGGUUCGUCUCAUUCUCUUCCUUUUCUUUCUUUCUCGGUUAUGCUUCCGAACGCCAGCGGGGGGUACGACGUAUGCGGUGCAAAUAAACCUGCCGGCUUUCCGAAACACCCGUCGAGACGCCGUCUCGGCGAAUCAAGCCCAGCCGGCCGCUCGCCUCUCGCCGACCCCUCUAGUCAGAUCUAGUUCGGGCGGUAGUUUGUUCCCGGAUGCCCCAUGUGCCAGGGUCACCAUGGGUCGGCACUCCCGCGUGCUAUCAGUCUUGAAGGGAGAGACUGAAUGCAUCUUUGAAAUGGGGACAUGCCUGCUAGCGCGGGAUGGUUUUUGCACAUCUAGACUCGCAGCCUUGAGUGUAGUCAUGUGAGGAGAGACGAAAGCUCGCGUUGGCUUUUGUAUUAUGGCCCACCUGCUUUGCUCACAUGGGGAAUCCAACUUUAGGCGCCUAUGGGAGGAGGUACUGAGGCAGUGGGUGCCUCGUGUAUACUGAGCCAAAGUGAUAUUACACCUAUAUUAACCACGUGCCUCACCACUCGCCAACCUCGCCCGCCUUGGGCUUCUGCAUCCGCACAAUCUUGUCGCAGUUGAGCAGGCAGAGCGGGUCAAAUGCCAGCUUCAUCUUGCGCAUCAGAUCGACGGCGGACUCGCCGAGCUCGUGGGGGAGGUAGUCCCUCUUGACCAGUCCGACGCCGUGUUCGCCCUGUUUGGCGGGGAGGGUGAGAAAACGUGUGUUACGUUCGAAACAUUUACUAGAAGGAAAAAAAAAAGUCGAGGCAAAUUCUUA